AUGUGGAAAAAUGUCUUAAAAAGAACUGAAGAAGAUCAAAAGCCAAAAACUGUAAUACAAUUUCUACAAUUUUGUGAUGAAGACUUGUUCCCAAAUAUAUACAAGUUAAUAAAAAUAUUAUGUUUAUUACCAGUCACGACAUGUACUUCUGAGAGAAGUUUCUCUUCAUUAAAAAAUCUUAAAACAUAUCUCAGAAAUACUGUAUCGGAAGACAGACUAAAUGGACUUGCAAUGCUUAAUAUUCAUCGAAAUGAAAUCUUAACACCAGAUGAUAUAAUUGAGGAACUUGUAAAAAAAAACAGGAGAUUAAAAUUUUGA